AUGCCUGUGUCUAGGGAUGAGCUCACGGGUCGCUGGACUCGCAAUGACCGUAGGGUCGGCGGACUAGACAGAGUCCCUCGACCCGAGUCGGAUAUCAAUAUCAACGCGGGCGAGGUGGUUGCCUCUGACCCCGUUGACUCAUCUCCGUUGGCGGGCGAGGCUGGAGCUACGCACCGCGGAGAUGCCCCGAUGGCCGGCGAUCAUGCAGGAUCGAGCCUCGGGGCCGUUAUACCUCAAGGUUUGCUGCCCGCCUACCUUGAUGCUCCCGCGCAUCGCGAAGGAUCGCGGUCGGUGAGCACGACAGGGCUGGCGCUCAAGGACGAGCCACGCAGCCCAUCUCCGUUUGUCAUUGGUGGAUUCGGUGGGGCGUCGAGCGACGACACUGGAUCGUGGUCUAGAGUACCUCGUAGACGUCGGAGUGCGUCUCCUGUACUGUCCAAGCGUAGCGUGAUAAGCAAUAAUAAUAGCUUUGCGUCGCUGACUAGUUUACAUGACACGUCUCUCGUUGACCAGGAGGAUGGCGACGAAGUGGUAGGUUCUCCGGUCGUGCUCGAAGAGCCUCGUACACCAAAGAAGCCUAACAGCAAGCGGCUGGCCUCUGAGAACAGAACGAUGAGUGACGCAGAGUUCGAUGCGUUGCUAGAGACGCCUACCCCGGUGGAUAAGGGUAAAACUGCCGAUCGAAGGGGGGCGAGUAACGUUCAAAGCAAGGACACGCCUCCCUCUGGUAACCCCGGCAAGGACGCCACGACAGAGUUGAGGUACGCCGGCAUCGGUGAAGAAGAACUUGACGUCGGAGCUCAGAGAGCGGCGCUGGCCUCAUUACAAUCGGCUGGAGCUGUCGGCACUGCUGCUGACCGCGACACAUCGGUGACAUCGUCACAAGAACCCUGGGAGGAUCUGUUCGCACGCACACGAAAAUCCGCUGAAGUAUUUAAGAACGGAUGUGAGCGAGAGGUCCGCGAGGCUAGACGGGAACGCGAUACCGUGCGCCUUGCCCUGCUGGAGGCGGAACGGGCCAGGCUAGAAGCUGAACGAGCCCGGGUCGAUGCCGAGAAACGGUUGACCGAGAUGAUGGAUAAACUCGAUAGACUGGUCACCACGGUUGAUGCCCAGGCGGCUGAGGUUGCUGCAUUAAAGCGCGACCGUGGUCCAGGCGUCGGUCAUCGUGGAGAAGCCAUACAAAGACGCGACCACCCACCUCAUCGUGUGGGGUCACCGGAACCAGGGAGCCGCGCAGCGGGCGAUCAGACUGGCAUCCAUAGCUUGAGUACCGCCCGUCCUGGCGUGAUGGCCGGCAGCGCGUCCGCUACAUCGAAACGAGGAGGGCGAACGUUGGUCGCGCCUCCAUCGAGAUUUAUAUCAUCUGCCAGUUCGUUAGGACAGACACUGAAACGGAAACUCCGGCAGCUAGAAGAUGCUAUGCUUACCCUGGAGCAGUCGGGGUCUUCGGUAAUUAAACCGAAUAUCAAGCCUGAGCCGCCGAAAACCUACGACGGUCGGAGCGAUCUGGAUGCGUUCCAAAGAUACGUUGAGCAGAGCGUAGAGUACCUAAUCGAUGGCAUGAUUAUGAGAGAAAGACAUGUGUCGAAGAUCGGCCACUUCCUUGAAAAAGAUGCGCUGCAGUUCUUCAACCGAGUGGUGAAGAACCCUGAGGAAUGGGCGGCGGAACGGUUCUUUGACGAGCUAUUCAACUACUGUUUCCCCGAUGGCUUCAUGAAUGCCAUUAGGGCGCGAUGGAACACCUGGAUGCAGAAGGGAUCAUCAGUAAAGGUGUACGCGGCAACAAUGGAAGGGUUUCGCGAUGAUCUUGGUGGGGAGAUCUCUGAUCGCCAGUUCGUUCAUCGGUUCUGGCAAGGCCUAAACGAUGAGAUCAGUCAGGAACUGUAUCGCGACCGUCUUCAUCCCGAUAUCGAUACGUACGAAGACGUACUUGAGAGCGCUUUGAUCGCCGAACGGGUGAUCAAUAAUAGCUUGCACCGUGGUGGUGCCGCUUUCGGGUCCCCUCGCUCCGGACUUGAGAAGACGGGUAAUGGCAGGGGCCGACGGGGCGGCGGUAACGGUGGCCAAUUCGGGCGGAAUGAUAACAAUGGCAACCAGUCCGGGGUGUCGGCGGCGAAGUCGAACACGCAGGUCAAGGAAACCGGUCCUGGCGCGCAGCGGAAUAGUGAUCGUUCUCGACGACGGGAUCGUAACCCGAAAUCGGACUCACCAUUGUCCGAGGCCCAGAUGAAAGAGCACCUGGAAAAUAACUUGUGCUUCAAGUGUCACAAAGCCGGGCAUAUGAGUCGAAACUGCCCUGAAGGACAGCAGGUCACCAGUAGCACGCGAGAUAAGGCUCCAGGGUCGAAGACCAGCUAUGCCGUUCGGUAUGCCGACAAUAGCGAGCCGGCCGAUGAUGACAUCCAGGUAACUGAUGGCGACGAACCCGAAGUGCUAGAUGAGUUACUCUGUGGGUCAGUGCGGUUCCGAUUGGAAGAGGGCGACCGGGAAGAGGGCGCUGGAGCCGACACGGCCUUUGUACAGGACGACGGGCUGGACCCUUUUGGGAACCCUCCGCCGUAUGAGGAGCCUCGGACGGAGGUCUACGAUGCACAUGCCUG